AUGGCUCAUGGCUUCCUGGUCGACAGCAUUUGCUGCGCAGUCCUAGCACUCUUUUGUGCUAUAGCACUUGUUAGUGCUGAACUUAACGAGAACGGGUGUCCCAUAAACCCUUACGUGGACGUCCUCAAACCGCAUCCCAACUGCAACAAGUACUACCAAUGCGUCCAAGGUGAUCUCUAUGAGCGGCCUUGUGCCUCAGACCUUUUGUUCAAUGAGGAAACACAGGAGUGUGACUGGGCAAUCAACGUUGACUGCGGCAACAGGCCAAUAGCCCCAGAGGGUAGCGAAGAAGCUGGAAACGACAGCAACGCUAGUGGAGGCAGUAGCGAGUCUGGAAAUAAUAGCAACAGCGAUGGAGAAAACAGUGACGCACAAAGCAGUAACGAGGACAGUGAAACUAGCGAGAACAACUCCAGUAGCAACGAGAGUGGAAAUGAUAGCGGUAACAAUAGCGGUGGUGGAAACGGAAAUCCAAGUGAAGCUUCCAAUAUCUGUGCUGCUGAAGGCUCAGACGGUGUACUAGUAGCCCAUGAAAACUGCAAUCAGUUCUACAAAUGUUCGGAAGGGUCACCUGUUGCGUUGGACUGCCCAUUAAACCUUUUGUAUAACUAUGAAACACAGCAAUGCGACUGGCCAGAGAACGUGAACUGCGAAGACAGAAACCAAGGUGAUAACGGCGACAAUGACAAUGACAAGAGUGUCGAAGAUAGUAGCAGUGGAGAAGCAGACAAGGAAAACGGUGUCGAAGAUAAUAGUAUCGAAGAAGCAGACAAAGAAGACGGCAAUAAUGAUAAUAAUGGUAACAACGGUGAUGGAAAUGGUAACCCCAGCGAAGCUCGCGAAAUCUGCGCUGGCGAAGGUUCAGACGGUGUACUAGUAGCCCACGAAAACUGCAAUCAAUUCUACAAAUGUUCAGAAGGAUCACCUGUUGCAUUAGAUUGCCCAUUAAACCUUUUGUACAACUAUGAAAAUGAGCAAUGUGACUGGCCAGAGAAUGUGAACUGCGAAGGCAGAAACGAAGGUGGUAACGGUGACAAUGACAAUGACAAGAACAAGGAAGAUAGUAGUAGCGAAGAAGCAGACAAAGAAAAUGGCAAUAAUGACAAUAAUGACAACAAUAACAACGGUGGUGGAAAUGGAAACCCUAGCGAAGCUCGCGAAAUCUGCGCAGGUGAAGGUUCAGACGGUGUACUAGUAGCCCACGAAAACUGCAAUCAGUUCUACAAAUGUUCGGAAGGAUCACCUGUUGCGUUGGACUGCCCGUUAAACCUUUUGUACAACUUUGAAAAGGAGCAAUGCGACUGGCCCGAGAACGUGAUCUGCGAAGGCAGAAAUCAAGGUGGUAACGAUGAUAAUAGCAAUGAUAAGAGUGGAGAUAAUAGUAGUAGCGAAGAAGCAGACAACGAAGACGGAAACAAUGACAACAAUAAUAACAACGGUGGUGGAAAUGGAAACCCUAGCGAUGCCCCUGAAAUCUGUGCCAAGGAGGGCUCGGAUAGUGUCCUAGUCGCCCAUGAGAACUGCAACCAGUACUAUGUAUGUAGAGACGGCUUGCCUGUGACUCUUGAUUGCAAUCCAAAUUUGGUCUUCAACCCUGAUACCGACCAAUGUGACUGGCCAGAACUAGUAGACUGCGGUAAUCGUCGCACUUUCACAUCGCUCAACAAACAUCUGCGCUUUGUUAGGAUACUGUAA